AGAGCGUACAGUGAGCGCCAGCAAAAAAAAGCAGAAACUGAAUGGUGGUGCUGAAGAUGGCGGAUUGUGACAGUGGGAGCGAACGCGGUGGUAGCAGCGGAGGGGGAGGCGGUGGAAGCGGGUUCCAACACUUCCAGCGGGACCAGGAGACCCAGGAGUUGGCCUCCAAGCGUCUGGACAUCCAGAACAAGCGCUUCUACCUGGACGUCAAGCAGAACAACAAGGGCAGGUUCAUCAAGAUCGCCGAGGUGGGGGCAGGCGGCUCCAAAAGUCGGCUGACUCUGUCCCUCUCGGUUGCAGCUGAGUUUCGCGACUAUCUUGGGGAUUUCAUUGAGCAUUACGCCCAGCUUGGGCCCAGCAGCCCGGAGCAAAUCGCCCAGUCCAGCGUGGGGGAAGACGGCGGGCCAAGACGAGCGCUAAAGAGCGAGUUUUUAGUUCGGGAGAACCGCAAAUACUACCUCGACCUGAAGGAGAAUCAGCGGGGGAGGUUCUUACGAAUCCGGCAGACCGUAAAUCGUGGACCCGGCUUUGGAGUUGGGGGGCCUGUUGGCGGCAUGCUAUCCGGCCAGACCAUAGCCCUUCCGGCCCAAGGGUUAAUAGAGUUUCGAGACGCCCUGGCCAAGCUCAUAGACGACUAUGGGGGUGACGACGAGGAGUUAGCUGGGGGAACCGCGGCUGGUGGCCUCGGCGACCUCCCUGAAGGUACAUCUAUCAUGGUGGACAAUAAAAGGUUUUUCUUCGACGUGGGUUCCAAUAAAUACGGAGUUUUCCUUCGAGUCAGCGAGGUGAAGCCUAGCUACAGGAACUCAAUUACCAUCCCAUUUAAGGCCUGGGGAAAGUUCGGCGGAGCCUUCAGCAGAUACGCCGAAGAGAUGAAAGAUAUUCAGGAGAGGCAUCGCGAUAAAACGUACGAGAGAAGAGAGGAGUCUGAGGCGGAUGACGUGGAUGACGACUGAGUGAUGUGAGAGACAGCUGAUCGUCCAAACUCGUCUACAGAAGAGUGUACUGCAGAAUUCCGCAAUGACGGUUUAGGUGCAUGACGAUUCGAGCUGAGAUAGCCUACUAAAAAAAAUGUCGUUUGUGGGGAAUAUUAAUGUAAAGUUCGACAGGAUUGGAUUAUUGUGAAAGUCACGUACUUAGUGAAUAACGACUUUAUGUCUGGGAAAAAAAAGAAAGAAAUUAUGCUUCGAGAAAAAAUAUCCUGCUUAAACCAGCAAAUCGGUUUUUCUACCUACAAAAAAGUACAUAUAUUUGCAACAUAGUUAUAUAUAUUUAAAGUAAGGGUUUUAAAUCGACCCCGUUGUCAUUUACUUUUCUGGUGGUCUGUCUGUAGAGAAAACCAGCAUCCAUUGUAUCCAUGUUCCAGCCCAGGACUCCAGAGUCGAAUGUAUGGGAUUCUCCUGCCCAUGCGUUGCCAUGGCAAUAGAUAGAUGGAGAGCAAUAUAGAUUCGUUUCAUAUCGGGUUGAGAAGAUAAAUCCUAAAGUUAUGUAAAGUUACUGUGGGGAAGGGGAUUAGCUUUUUUAAAAAAAAAGCUUAUCUGAAACUAAACAUUAACUUUAAUGUGUGGGUUGAUACCAUCUCAACCAGACUUUUGCAAAUGUCGAAAUUGGACCACUAGUACAACGGAUGGAGGUUGGCCGAUUCACAAACGGAUGUUGGAAGCGCCAGGAGCAAAGAGUCACGUCAUAGUCCACGUACAAGCAGCCGCUGUGCUAAAUCUGCUAAGAUCUACACUGUGUGGAGGGAGGACCCAUCCUGGUACAGUGCCCUGCACGUGCCCGGCCCACCAAACAGGAAACCAGGCAUCCUCUCGUGCACAAGACUUUAUACCACCAAAGCACUACUACAACCAGGAGAGACCUAUUGUUGUUUUUUAUUAAUAUGACACUGCGGGAUUUCAAAACCAUGUAUAAAAAACAGCGGUGUCUGUUUGACUCCAAGCUCUGCCAGCUCAGCGUUUCAACUGCAGGGGGAUGAACACAAACCCACAGGGGACCAUACCAGCCUCCCCAUUGACACUCCAAGCCGACGCCUCCAUUGCACCGGACACACUGGCAAGCCUCGCGACAACUGGUGCCAUUCAGGCCCCCGGACAGCUGACACAAAGAUGGAUGAUUUUGUUUUGGCUUUCUUGUUUUUUCAACAAAAAAAAAAACUAUAUUGAUUAUAAACUACACUAAAUGCUAGCUACACUAUAUGUAACGAGCCAGAAAAGAUAUUUUGAAAUACAUAAUGUAUAAUGUAAAUUUAUUUCAAAGUAAGAUUAAUUUCAUAAAAAGAACCAAGACGGGACAGGAAUGUUCACUUUUUUGUUGUUAAAAGAAUCUCCUUUGUUUCCCCUAGAGUGAAGAUAUAACACUUGAAUGAUUAAAAUGAAAUUAAAUGCAGCAUAUAAUGAUGUGA